ACUCGCUAGGGUUUUCUGUUCUCCACGGAGUUUCUGCUCUACCGCCUCAAACUGCUCAGAAUCCAAGAGUGUGUUUGAAUCUCUAACUUUAACUCAUUCAGAAGGAUGGGAUCGCGAUUCUGGACUCAGGGUGGCAGUGACACUGAGGAAGAGGAGAGUGAUUAUGAAUCUGAGGUUGAAAGUGGGGCAGCUGGGGAGUCUGCUGCCCCGACUGCUAGAAGCAGAUAUCUUGAGGGAAAUGCGAGUGACUCAGAUGACUCUGAUGGGCAAAAGCGUGUUGUCAGGUCUGCCAAGGACAAGAGAUUUGAGGAAAUGAAUGCUACAGUUGACCAGAUGAAGAAUGCUAUGAAGAUUAAUGAUUGGGUUAGCCUGCAAGAGAGUUUUGACAAGAUAAAUAAGCAGCUUGAGAAGGUGAUGCGUGUAACAGAGUCUGACCGUGUUCCCAAUCUUUACAUCAAGGCUCUUGUGACGUUGGAAGAUUUCCUAAGUCAAGCUCUAGCAAAUAAGGAUGCAAAAAAGAAGAUGAGUAGUAGCAAUGCCAAGGCCUUGAAUUCAAUGAAACAGAAGCUAAAGAAGAACAAUAAACAGUAUGAAGACCUGAUUAAUAAGUACAGGGAACAUCCUGAGAGUGAGGAGGAGAAGGAAGAAGAUGAGGAAUCCGAGGAGGAUGAGGAAGAGGAAUCGGAGUUUGAGGAGGAUCCCACCAAGAUUGCUGAGUCUGAAAAUGAUGAAGAAGGUGAAGAAGAGGAAGAAAGGGAUGAUGAUACUGAUCGCCAUGGAGGUUGGGAGAGGAAGAUGAGCAAGAAAGAUGAACUAAUUAAGAAGCAGUUCAUGAAAGACCCAAGUGAGAUCACCUGGGAUACAGUUAACAAAAAAUUUAAAGAGGUUGUGGCUGCUAGGGGCAGGAAGGGAACUGGGAGGUUUGAGCAAGUUGAGCAGCUUACUUUCCUGACAAAGGUUGCCAAGACUCCUGCCCAGAAGCUUGAGAUACUGUUUAGUGUCAUCUCCGCUCAAUUUGAUGUUAAUCCAGGUCUUACUGGCCACAUGCCAAUAAAUGUGUGGAAGAAGUGUGUGUAUAAUAUGCUGGGUAUACUAGAUAUUCUGACUCAGCAUCGCAACAUUGUGGUAGAUGACAUGGUUGAGCCUGAUGAGAAUGAAAGUCAGAAGGGUGCUGAUUACAAUGGCACGAUUCGUGUUUGGGGGAACUUGGUUGCCUUCGUAGAGAGAGUAGAUAAUGAGUUCUUUAAGAGCUUGCAGUGCAUCGAUCCUCAUACUCGUGAUUAUGUUGAAAGGCUAAGGGAUGAACCUAUGUUUUUGGUUCUUGCACAAGAUGUCCAGGAAUAUUUGGAGAGUAUUGGGGAUUUCAAAGCUGCUGCGAAGGUUGCUCUGAGGCGUGUUGAGCUCAUCUAUUAUAAGCCUCAAGAGGUGUAUGAUGCUAUGAGAAAAUUGUCUGAACAAUCAGUAGAUGGGGAAAAUGCUGGUGAUGAGCCAAAAGUGGAGGAAACUCGUGGACCAUCUGCUUUUGUCGUAACUCCAGAGCUUGUUCCAAGGAAGCCCACCUUUUUUGAAAAUAGCAGGACAAUGAUGGAUUUGCUGGUGUCCCUUAUAUACAAACAUGGAGAUGAGCGCACCAAAGCCCGUGCAUUGCUUUGUGAUAUUUACCACCAUGCGCUUCUGGAUGAGUUCGCAACUGCUCGUGAUUUGCUGUUGAUGAGUCACUUGCAGGACAAUAUUCAGCAUAUGGAUAUUUCAACCCAGAUACUGUUCAACAGGGCCAUGGCACAGCUUGGUCUCUGUGCAUUUCGAAUUGGACUAAUUGCAGAAGGACAUAGCUGCCUUUCUGAAUUAUAUUCUGGUGGGAGAGUGAAGGAGUUGCUUGCACAAGGUGUCUCACAAAGUCGAUACCAUGAGAAAACCCCAGAACAGGAGAGAUUGGAAAGGAGGCGUCAAAUGCCAUACCAUAUGCACAUAAAUCUUGAGCUUUUGGAGGCUGUGCAUCUGAUAUGUGCUAUGCUCCUUGAGGUGCCUAACAUGGCAGCUAACAACCAUGAUGCCAAACGCAAGGUAAUAAGCAAGACAUUUAGGAGGUUGCUUGAGGUAAGCGAAAGGCAAACAUUCACAGGGCCCCCUGAGAAUGUCCGGGAUCAUGUGAUGGCUGCCACCAGGGCCCUUAGUAAGGGAGAUUUCCAGAAGGCCUAUGAUGUCACCACCUCUCUUGAUGUUUGGAGGCUCCUUAGGAAUCGGGAGAAUGUUCUUGAGAUGCUGAAAGUCAAGAUAAAGGAAGAAGCUUUAAGGACCUACCUCUUUACAUACUCUUCUUCCUAUGAAUCUCUUAGCUUGGAUCAGCUCACCAAAAUGUUUGACCUGUCAGAUGCCCAGGCUCACAGCAUUGUUAGCAAGAUGAUGAUUAAUGAAGAAUUGCAUGCAAGUUGGGACCAGCCAACCAGAUGUAUUGUCUUCCAUGAUGUCGAAUACACAAGGCUACAGGCAUUGGCAUUCCAAUUGACUGAAAAGCUUUCAGUUCUCGCUGAAAGUAAUGAGAGGGCUGUAGAGGCAAGGAUUGGUGGUGGUGGCCUGGAUCUACCUCUCAGGCGGAGAGAUAACCAGGAUUAUGCAGCUGGAACUGCUACUACUGGUGGUAGGUGGCAAGACAUGUCUUUCACCCAGGGAAGGCAAGGCACUAGUGGGCGUUCAGGAUAUGGUGCUGGUGGUGGGAGACAAUUGGCUCUAGGACAGGCUGGUGGAGGAGGCUACCGAUCUGGUCAGUUGCGAGGAGCAGCUGGAUAUUCUGGGAGGACUGCUUCGUCAAUUAGAGGUUCUCAGAUGGAUGGUUUGAGCCGCAUGGUCAGUCUUAACCGUGGGGUGCGUGCUUAAAUUAUCAUAUAGCAGCGAUUGAAUGGAAGAGGGCAAUUUUCAGAAUGCUUGGUUUUGUUUAUGAAAUUGUAGUAGAGCAGACCAGAAUGUUGUUUGGCUUUUAAACAUUUUUAAUUUAUUUAUCUCCGUAGUUUUGGAAUGUCAUAGAUACUAAACUAUGCAACCAUAUUUAUGAAAUUUGUUCGAUGCAUUUUUGCUUCUCACCCAUGUGGCCCAGAAUUUCUUGUUUUA